AUGUGGUUUUCUACCAUUUGGGUUAAAGUAGUUGUCUUAAUUAGUGUUCUACUAAUAGCACUAUCCAGAGCAGAUAUAUCGCUAAGCGAAAUAGAAUUGACUCUGCAAUUUGAAGUUGCAACGAAUGCAUUGCCAGUAAAGAUCAAUCCGGAUGGGCCUCUCAACUUUUUACGUGGGAUAAUCUACCAGAAAAUGGAGUGCAUGUACAACAAACGAUUUUUUUCCCCACAGAUUGACACAGAGUACAAAUUAGAGAAAAAUUCAGAUAGUAUUAAUAUCUACAGCACAUAUACAUACAUCCGAGAUAGACAAAUGGACAAAGCAUACAAAGCCCUAACAGCCAAUAAAAUGGACGUGUAUGCCGAAAAGUACCAUAACCAUCUGAUUGACUUGUUUCCAUCUCCCAAUGGUGAUAUAACCAUUGAGACGCGAGGAAACCAGUCCUUCAUUCAGUUCCUUCGUGCAGAAACCACAGAAAAGCAUGCCUUGCAGAUUCUUGCUAUGCUGCUUCUUUUCUCAGAGGGGGUAAACAUUCCCAUUAAAGUCAAUAAUACUGUACUGAAGGUCUAUGAACCAAGCAAAAAAGACGAAGUAUACUUCGAAGUGCCCAUGGAAAUUCCAUGGUUAAAUAUUAAAGAAAACAAGGUGGAAACAUUCCAACAGAAGAAAGUUAAGCAGCUAAUCAACUUUUUCAAGGAAAAUGCAACCAAUUCUGAGGUACUUAGAAUGAUGGAGGACAUGUGCUCAUACGAUGAGGUUUCUACGGGAAUAUUCCUAGACAGUCCUAAGUUCCUGAUACAGUCGUACAUAUUCGGGUUCAUAGACACAGCAGAGCGUGCAAUCGAAUUUAUCCAGACAGUGCACACUAUGACAGAGAAGUAUGCACCAAAGACAGAAACACCAAACAAAGGUGACUGUGUGUAUGACAGACUUUUUAGGCCUUCUAGUACAGCAAUAGAACAUAUAGAAGACCCAGGCUAUAUGGCUCUAAUGAAGAGUACUCAAGACAUUUUAAAUACAUAUCAAGUAUUUCCAUUUACAAACAGCACGCAGCUUCCUUCAUACACAUCUGUUCCUAUGCGCGACCCAACCACCAAAGAGUUUUCUACUGAUCGGUUGGAAGACUACAGUAACUGCGUAGAGUGCAUGAUUCUCUCUCUUUUCUGCUGCCUAGCAUAUGACCCGUCUGACUUUACAUAUAAAACUGACCACAUGGGAAAUGUCUCUAAAGAGCUUAAAGAAUUCUUCGCCCCAGAAGAGAACAAGUCAUUUGACACAACAAAUGCAGAGUUCCAGAUAAGGUGGUGCAAUGUUGUUGCAUGCCUAGACGAACCUAGCAUUGCAUACUGUAGAGAUAGAAACGAGCUAGACUGUGGUCUUAUAAAUAUGCUCAUGGUCAUUGCUGAAAUAGUAAAUGUCUCUAAAGAGGAAAAAGACAAAAUACUUGGUUUUUCAGAGACUUUGAAGGAGCAAAAUGAAGAAUUGCAUUAUAAACUAUCUAAUGAUAUUGAAGAGUACACAAAGGCGCUGCUUAAACGCCUAUCAAAGACGAAAAAUGUAGAAAUAUCAUUUUCAGAUAUUAAAAGCAAAAAUUAUCCUAAUGGAAGAUACGAUCUGUCUGGGAAAAUUACUAUGUCAUUUGAGCAUAGCAAUAUUAAAAACGAGAUAGUUUUAGGCAUAUCUAACGGGCAUAGUAAUAUUGAGAUGAAGCCGGUUGUCAUGUAUUUCAAGGACAAUCGAAUAGAGAAAAUGAUGGCAAUAGCAGGCAGCUGCAAAAAUGGAAUUACAUUUAUUGAAAAUUUGCUAGCGGUCUAUUUUAACCAUGAAAUACGAAAAAUGAAUACUUUUGAGAAGAAUAAUAGCUUUGUUAAGGCUCAAGUGCGUAAAGUCAUAGAAAACAACUUUGCAGACAUCAAUAGGCUUCUACUUAUUAAGAAGAUCAAUGACUUAGACUAUAAAACGAGGCUGCUUACAUAUUCUAUCGUAUAUACUCUGGAUCAAAAGAUGUUCCCAAAGCAUCCGGUUGUUCGCUUUACCUCCAACAUAUUAGGAAGCACUGAAUUAGAUAACUAUAAUAUUCAACGAAAUAUACUACCGCCAACUGUUUUUUUGGUGGAUUAUAAGGAUAGUAGUAAUCUUAAUUAUCCCAAAAUACAAUUGCGUGAAGAAACCUAUAAAAACCUUCGGGCAUAUACAAGGUACGAUGAUUUUGUUGAAAAUGUGCUAGAGUGUGAUAUGUCUAUUUUCAUUGUAUGGCUUAAGCACUGCAUAUACUGCUUUAACUCUUCCAAUCGAUUGAAAAUUUACAGAUUACUAGACUUUACAAUGACUAAUUCCGUUUAUAAGUAUAUAUUUAGAGACCAAAACAUGAAGCUUGCUAAUGAGCUUAAUGAGGCUAUAGAAAAAGAAUAUCCGAACGAGAAAGAUGAUAUAAUAAACUAUCUUCACAAUAUAUGGUUCGCGCAUUUGACUAUAGAGGAAAAUCCAAAUAUAGGGUUGAUUACGAUAAACUUCCAUCUUAUUGGCAUCCCCAGCUAUAUUUCGUCUAUGUUCAUAAAUGACAAAGUACACCAGAUGAUUCAAACUCUAAAAAUGUUAAAGGACCAUCUAUGCAGUGAUAAAAAUUCUGCUGCCAAGUUUACUAAGCUUAUGAGCCUAUAUAUGCGAUAA